AACAUGGACAGCAUUUAUCCACAUUUCACUGUGAGAACACUCUUCAGCUUAAUCCUUCUGAUUCUGCUUCAAACAGCCGCCGAGGCCACCAUCUGUUCCGCUCCUUCCCAAGUGGAAUUUCCAGAAAACAACGAGAUAAAUGCUGUUGUGGUGACAAUAAAUGUCGAGCCAGAUGUGACUCUUGAAUUUAAUCCUCCACCUGCAAAUCCAGACAACCCAUUUGAAUUGCAUGAAAGCAGUAUGACAGCUACAAGGGUGUUGGACUAUGAGACCAAAACCACUUAUGUGGCCCAAAUCACAUGUAAACAGACAACCACAGGACUGACGGUGCCCAUCACUAUUAUUGUUCUCAUUAUUAAUGAGAAUGAUAAACCACCUGUCUUUGAUAAAAAUUUAUACAACGCUGAAGUCAGUGAGAUGGCACCUAUAGGCGCCACUGUGGGGGUGUUCCCUGCCACAGACUUGGACAAACCCUCUCAACUCUACUACGUACUGACAUUGGAAUCUAUUUACUUUGGACUGCAGUCAGCUACUAACCCAGUUAUUCUUGUUAAAGCACGUCUUGACUAUGAAAAAGUCAGAAAUGUGCAACUGGUAUUAGAAGUGCAGGACACACCAUUAACACUAGUGAAUAACAGGGCCUCGUUCACCGCCACCACAACUAUUCAGGUCACUAUCUUAGAUGGAGACAACAGACCACCGUGGUUCCAGCCUUGCACCACACUUGAAGUGGGUGGGGCUGUGAUUUGCCAGAGUAGUGGCUAUACUGGCAGGGUUGUCCUUAAUGAACAAGAGCCUGGAGUGCUACCACUGAAGCCAGGACCUCUGUAUGCCAUUGACGGAGACUCUGGAAUAAAUGAGGAGAUAACAUAUUCAUUCCUUAGUGGAAAUGAUGAUGGUCUGUUUGAGAUUGGCCCAAACACGGGGAACAUCACCAUGCUGAAGCCAACUGAUGUGUUGGGGACAAUCAGUCUGACAGUGCUGGCUACUCAGAAAGUUAACAAUCAUCAGUUUGCCACCACUACAGUCACGAUCAGUGUCCAAGUCAAAAGCCUCUACCCCCCAAAAUUUCAGAAAUCUCAAUAUGAAGGAGUCAUCUCUUCAGUAGGCACCAUGGCGAUGGACAUAACAAACAAGGACCAGCCGCUGCGCAUUAUUGCCACAGAUCAGGACUAUUCCGCCACUGAGGGUCUGAAUCCCCACAUCACUUAUUCUGUUAAGGGAAGCAGUGAUUUCUCCAUUAUCAAUGGCUACUUAUUCAUGAUUAAGGAUCUCCCAGAGGGAAGCCUAUCCCUGGAAGUGCUGGCAGUAGAUUCAACCAAUGAUGAAUCAGACACAGCUCUGCUCUCAGUGGAGGUGAAAUCAGGUCUCACCACCAGCAGUUUACCUCUGAGUACUACAGACUUUAUCACCACAACACCCAUAAGUGAAUCCACCGCCACGAGCAGCAUCUCAACAACCAGCCCCAGUGAGAGCACCAUCUCCAUCACAAACUCUGGUACAUUGACCCCUGAAGAAAGUGUCUCUACUCCCAGCAAGGCACCACCAGUCGUCAGCUUAUCAGGUGAAUAUGGGGUAGCAGAUAUGGCAGCACUGGGCGCAACCUUGGGUGCUCUCCUGUUAAUCUGUCUGGUGAUCACUGGCGUGCUUGCCCAUCGCAUGCAGAGGGGGAAGGCAGACUGGAGGAAGAUCUAUGAAGCCAGCAUAUUUCGAAGCUCCCUGGGUCAAGGCCCAGGUGGUCAAAAAGAGGGCAUCCAGUACACCAAUGAAGCUUUCCAGAACGACGAUGAUGAAGGAAGCGUGGGUUCAAGUGGUCCCGAGAGGAGACGUGAAAGCACACAAAAACCUGUGUGGGACAUCCCAAACAAAGAGGCCAUCGGAAGGUCUUCGGCACCACUGAAUGCCCUUCUGCCUGAUGACACCAGUGAUGUGGGUUCAGAUAAGGCUGACAGUGACAAAGAUGUAAAACCCAUCCUGACAAAGGAGAGGCGUAUGGAGGAGGGGUACAAAUCUGUCUGGUUUAAGGCAGACAUUGACCCCAACGCCAAAGAAGAGGUGGUCAUCAUCCCAGAUAGAGAGGACAGCGAGGAAGAAGAUGAGGAACCAUCCUCCAGCAGCAGACAAAAUUACCAAGAUGGAAAACCACCAAAAAAAACCUCUAAAGUCUUGUUUACUGAUACUGAUUUGGACAGUGGCCUAGGAGUGAAAAUAGGGGAACUGGGAGAUGACUCAGAUACUGAUGAAGCAAUGAACAUUGAUCUGUAAGCACAGCACAAGACAAGAACAUCACAGAAACCACCCAUAAUAAAAUCUAACAAUGAUUUAUUGGCAGUCUAACCUGUAAUAAUCAGUCUAUUACAGAGGAGCAGUCAAAAAGAACUAGCACUAAAUACAACUUAAUGAA